AAGGGUUUUAUUUCCAAGACAUUGGAUUCUGUCAGUGCUCAGUUUGCUGCUUCAGCCUUGAUUACAUCAGAACAGCUCAUGGGAUUCAGAAUGAAGGAUGAUGUGGUGCUUGGAAUUGGGAUGAAUGGCAUCCUUCAAUCCUCAGGAUUAUAUAAAGGCUUACACUUCAGUAGUACUCUGCCUACAUCACUUGUACAUACAAGCUCAUCAAUAGCAGGUUCAGCCAUAUUACAGCCUUCAAAUAUAACAGAGACUUUAAGUUCUCACAGUGCACUGAGUCACCAUGUAACUGCUGCCAAUUCUACAACAACCCAGGUUCUGUUUGGGAACAACAUUAGAUUAACUGUACCCUCAUCUGUUGCCACUGCAAACUCUAUUAAUAUGCUCAAUGCAUGUCACAUGCCUAGGACUCUAAGUGCUGUUCCAUCAUCUGCCUUAAAGCUGGCUGCAGCAAACUGUCAGGUGCCAGCCUCAUCCUCUGUGAACACAGUAUCAAGAGAAAACCAUGAAACAGAAAAGUCAGCACUGAACAAUAUAGCAGACAAUGCAGUAGCAAUGGAGGUGACGUAAUGAAACUCCAACUUCUGUGAACUUGUUUAGGUGUUCUGCAUCAGCAAUUUGAAUGCAAGGGAGGAUGGAAUGCAGCAUAUUGUUUCCGUGGUAGCUGUGGGAACUUGACAGCAGUGCAUAUCUCUCAUGCUUUGGUUUUACUGUUAAUAGGAAAGAACAUCUGUAAAUUAAUAUAACAGCAAUUAUCUGUAUAAUGCUUCAUAUUUGUAAUUCCGUUGUAUAUAUGUUAAUUGAAUACAGAACUGUUCAUUUGUGAUGCUUUGCACUUGGGGGGGGGGAGAAUUGCAACAAAGAGCGUAAGAAGUGAGAUUGUAUAGAGAUGAAGUCUCAUGACAUCAUGUGCAUGGUGAGGAACCUGCUGUUUUAUCUAUUUAUUGUACUGUGUUUACAGUUUUUGUACACUGUACCUUCAUUUGUUCCUGUGUGGUAGUAAAUGUGUUAGAUAGCUGUGGACUCCUUGAUAGUUUGUAAAUGGUAUUAACAAAACUUGCUUCCCUCACUGGGACCUUGAGUUUUUUGUGUAUCAUGUGAAAAAUGAUGACAUACAUACAGAUUUUUUUAAAGGCAUCAGUUUAAAAAUGGGGAAUGUACUACUCAAUAUGAUCUCCCUGUUCUAAAAUCACAAGGAACAUAAGCUAAAAAUGAAGUCUCAAGGAUUCUAGCUCACUGACUAGCACACAAACAUGUGCAAUUUCUGGUACUUAAAGCACUAAAGUUAUGUUGCUCUUUAUAUCGCCCCCUCUGUUGUCCCAUUUUCUUAUGCACCAAAAUGGUGGUGUCAAAUCAAGUAUGCAAAUUACGUCCUUACAACUGGAGUUUUAUGUUGUGUUGCCAUUCUUUUCAUCACAAAUUGUUUUUAUUGUGUAAUAGUUAUUAAAGACUUCAUUCUUGUUACUUUUUAAAAGGGAAAAGGAUGUAAUAAUUCCUGUAUGUGUCUUAUCAUUCCAGUUUCUGAAAACAGCCAGUUUUCCUCCCCCUACCCCACUUUUCUUUUGAGAUUCUCCAAAAUGCUGCAAGGCCAGAACCACAACUGUCAGGUGCCUUCCUUUGGAAAUAUUUGUCCUCUCUUCUGUGAAGAGAAUUGUACUUAGGACUCUACUAGUAGUGCUUUGUCAGUACCAGUCUGAAUGCCCACUCUGAUGGUGUGCAGUAAGUAAGGUUUUGAAUCUCACCUGGAAAUUGUGAUAGAACUCUCACAAAAGAAACCCAGGGCAUUACAUGUUGACAGAGAAGUCUGUGGCGUGUG